AUGAAAGAAUCCGAGUCGAUCGUAGAUUAUAUUUCAAGGGUGUUGGCCAUAGUAAAUCAAAUGAAGAGAUAUGAAGAAAGAUUGGAGGAUAUUCGAGUUACUGAAAAGAUCUUUCGUUCCUUGCAACAAAGAUUUGACUAUAUCGUUGUCACUAUUGAAGAGUCAAAAGAUUUAGAAACCAUGAGUAUUGAUCAACUCAUGAGAUCUCUUCAAGCCCAUGAAGAAAGGCUCAACAAGAAGAAAGAAGAGCCAUUGGAACAGGUUCUAGCUUCAAAGAUUUGUUUCAAAGAUAAAGAAGAAGAAGAAAUGAGUCAAAGAGGACAAGGACGUGGACGUGGACGAGGCCGUGACUGUGGUAGAGGAAGAGGAAGAGGUGGACGUAAUAGUUUCAAUUACGAAGAGAGAGGUCAAGCAUCAAGAGGACGAGGAAGAGGAAAUAACUUGAAGCAAUAUGGAAAAAGGUAUGAUAAAUCUCAAGUUAAAUGUUAUAAUUACCAAAAAUAUGGUCAUUAUACUUGGGAGUGUAGAAGCCACACUAACAAUGUUGAAGAGAAAGUUAAUUAUGUUGAAAAUGAGGAAGCACAACCCAUUUUGUUGCUAGCUUAUAAAAGAGAAGAAAGAGAAGAGAAGAACUUGUGGUAUCUUGGUAAUGCGGCAAUCGAUCAUAUGUGUGGAAACAAAAACAAGUUUGUGGAACUUGAUGAAUCGGUGAGCGGGAAUGUUACUUUUGGAGAUUUGUCUAAAGUUCCAAUAAAAGGGAAAGGUUUUGAAGAAGCGGAGAAAGAUGAAAAAUUGAGAAAUGCCAUGGAUGAGGAAAUCAAAGCAAUUGAAAAGAACAACACAUGUGAGUUGACGACUAUUCCAAAAGAGCAAAAACCAUUAGAGUGA